AUGGCCACAAAACCAGCCACGGAGGUCGUCACCUCGGAGAAAAAGGAAGCGGGAAACACGAGAAAAUCGUUGCCGCUAUGGAAGAAGCUCACUGCAAUCGGUGUGACCCUUGCAGUGAUAAUUGCUCUGUCGGUUGGCCUAGGAGUUGGUCUCACUCGAGGAAAGGGAGGAAACGACGGCCAUGAUACCUCCAACAUAGAGAGUGACGACUCGACAGAACCCUAUCUAAAGGCCCGUGGCAGCCUAUGGCAACCAAAGGUCGGCGCUACCUGGCAGAUCAUUCUUCUCAAGCCCCUCAAGCUCAACAAGGAUGGAACCGCCAAGAACCUCAAGCCCAAUGUCGGCAUAUAUGAUCUGGACCUCUACGACAAUGAUGAUGAGACAUUUAAGGCGCUGCACAAGGCUGGGAAGAAGGUCAUCUGCUACUUCAGUGCUGGAUCUUGGGAGAACUGGCGUGAUGACAAGAACCAGUUCAAGAAGGCCGAUCUGGGCAAGACGAUGGACGGGUGGCCCGACGAGAAAUGGAUUAACCUUAGGAGCAAAAACGUUCGCAAUAUAAUGAAGAAGCGCAUCAAGUAUGCUGCUGAGAAGGGUUGCGAUGCUAUCGAUCCUGAUAAUGUCGAUGGUUAUCAAAACGACAAUGGCCUUGGCUUGACUCAGAAGGAUUCCAUCGACUACGUCAAGUUCCUUGCCGCCGAAGCCGCCAAGUAUAACAUGUCGACUGGGCUUAAGAACGCUGGCGAUAUCAUUAAGUCUGUUCUGCCCUACGUUCAGUUCUCAGUUAAUGAGCAGUGUGUCGAAUACUCCGAGUGCGAGACAUUUGCCGCCUUCAUCAAGGCCAAGAAGCCAGUAUUCAACAUCGAGUAUCCUAAGGGUGCACCAAAGGUCAAGGAGGCCGACCGCAAGGCGAUUUGCUCUAAGAAAGGCAAAGCCAAGGGCACCAACGGUUUCAGUACUGUCAUCAAAAAGAUGAACCUUGACGGCUGGGUCCAGUACUGCACUGGCAAUAUUUACAAUACUCCCGUAGAGAAUUAG